GACUGAAGCUUCAUCUGGAGGAAACGCAGUGUGUAGUUAAACGGUGGAGCAGGUUAUGCACUAUGUGGUGGGAUGGAUGAGGCUGAGCAGAACCGCUAUGUGGCCCAGUUGAAGGAGGAGUUUGAUAGUUGUGAUACUACAGGCACAGGUUACCUGGAUAAAGAGGAACUCACUGUACUGUGUCACAAACUGAGUUUGGAUGCACAUCUUCCUCUGCUGCUUGAUGUACUUCUAGGCCCAGAGCAUUACGCAAGGGUAAAUUUUGAAGAGUUCAAAGAGGGAUUUGUAGCAGUACUGUCCAGGUCUUUGGACCUCUCUACAUCUGAAGAGGAGAGCAGCUACCUUGAGCCAGUACCAGAAGAGGUGAGCCCAAAGUUUGUAAAGGGGACCAAACGGUAUGGGCGCAGGUCACGACCUGAUAAGACAGCCUCUACACCAAAAGCAAACACAGAAAACCUACCUCCAUUUAAUACAGAGCAGGAUGACACCUCCUUCGUGAGUGUGAGGAGGGCUAAGCUCAGACGCUCAACAUCACUAGAGAGUGUAGAGAGUCUGAAAUCUGAUGAAGACACAGCAAGCAACAAGGUCACAAGUGGAGAGCAGGACUCCAGUCAAAACUCAGUUCAUUUUGAGGCACAAGGUCAGUUAAAGCUCUGGAAGCCCAAUAGCUCAGGAAGUCGAAAGUACCAUACUGGUCCAUGCCAGGAUGUAACAGAUGUGCAAGUGAAGGCAAUAUGGGAGGAGUUGGGGGUUGGCGCUGAAGGAACGUUGAAUAAGCAAGAGCUGUCAAAGGUCUGCAACCACAUCGGACUCAAGGAUCUACAGACUGAGGAGUUGGAUGCCCUGUUUAGAAAACUAGAUAAAGACCUUGAUGGAAGGGUGAGCCUUACCGAGUUCCAAAAAGGAUUAUUCAGACAUGGAGACUUGCCUGCACCUACUGCUGCAUCCACUCCUGUCCGACUUAUUGCCCAGCACCCUCUCUCACAGGCUUUUGAGGAGCAAGUGGUGCGCUCCGCCUCACCCUCACUGCUCUCUGCUGCGGUGGGCCAGAGGCUUCUCUCACGGCUGGACGAUGGCUCGGGCUGCACCAGCCCAGAACAGGUCAUUGCCGUUUGGACUGAGGAAGGAAUCCGAAACAGCAGAGAUAUCCUACAGACUCUGGACUUCUCUCUGGAAGAGCGGCUGAGCCUUGCUGAGCUCACACUGGCGCUGGAUAAUGAGCUGCUGGUCAGCGGUAACGGAAUCCACCAGGCUGCCCUCAUCUCCUACAAGGAUGAAAUUCAGUUCUUACAAAUGCUGGCCAACCAGGCCUGUCUGGAGAGAGACAAGAUCAAGGCAGACUUGGAAUUGGCUGACCGUCGUAACCUCCAGUUGGUCAGAGAGAUUGAUGACCGUCAUGCCACCAUGGAGUCACUUAAUGAGUCUAAGAUCAAGGAUCUGGAGCAGGGGUACAGAGAAAAACUGUGUGCAUUAAGAAGUGAGACUGAGCAAGAAAACGAGGUCCUGCUUCAGCAGCUGGAGAGAGAAAAAGACAAACUUAAAGACGAAGUGGAAAUUCUCAGGGCUCAAGAAGCCAGUUUACAGAGAGAGGUCAACACUGCCAUUGAGGAGUACACUCGUUUAGAGGAGGAGAACUGCGCUCUAAAGAAAAAGCUGUCUGAAUCUGAAAGCACAAUCGCUAAACUGAAGGAGCUAAACCAUGUACUGCAGGACAAGUGUGAUGGUUUAGACGUGAACAGCACAGGACUGCUGAGCAACGAGGAGCAUCUCUCAGGAAUUAUAAAGGAAUAUGAACAACGUUGCAGGGAGUUGCAGGACAGGAAUGACGAGUUAAGCUCAGAGCUAGAACUGCUAAAUAAUCAAGGUUCAACAAAGAAAACCAGACGAUCAAGAGAGAGACUCUCCACUCAUACCUGGUCUAGUCGCAGUGUACUAACCACUGAUUCAGAUUCUGAUGACCCUGAAAUGAAAAAAGACCCUCCUCCCCAAAUCAAGAAACUCUCUGAGAAGAAUGGUCUUGGUUCAUUAAAAUGUCUGACUUCUUCUGUAAGUAUUGAGACAGAGCUAGCAAUGGAGCAACUGAAGGAGAGGUAUGAACAAGAGGUUCAGGAUCUGAAGAUCCAGCUUGAGACAAAGGUGAAUUUCUAUGAGCGCACCAUCGAGCUGAUGAAGCAGAACAUCGAGGUUGAGAGGAAGGAGAUAGCACAGAGCUACAAGUUGGAAAUCAGUGAACUGGAGGAGCAGAAGACCCUGGUAGAGGAACGGGUUGAGCAGCUGCGUCAGACUGUGAAACGUUUGGAGGGGGAACUCAGGAUUAAGAGUGAGGUUAUGGCGUGGGGGCCUGAGCAGGAGCGACGAGCUCAGCGUGAGCAGGCUGAACUGGAGCAGAACUUCGCUCGUGAGAUCGGUAACAUUGUGCAUCGUCUUACUUCAGAGAAAGAUCAGCUGGAGGCGGAGCUUAAGUUACAAAUGAACCAGGAAGUGCUACUUGUCAGGGAAGAGACGGAGCAACAAAUAUCACAAAUGAAGGCUCAGUUUAGCAAGGCUCAACGCAACCUGCUGCACCAGCUCCAGGGUGAAAGAGUCCGAAUGCAGGAGCAGACUGAGCAGCACAGCCGGGAUAUGGGUGAAUGGGAGGCAAGAGUCCAAGAGCUGGAGCAAGAGGUACAUAAGGAGCACCUCCUCGGUGCUGAGCGCUUGGGAGAGGAACAAGCUCAGAUCUGUAACAGUGCUGCUCUGAAGAGAAGGAAACUGGAAGAGGAGCACCAGAUGGAGAUCAACCAGUUGAAAGAGAGUAUCUGCAGGAUGCAGAUUCAGGCCGAGUUACAAUUUAAGGCUGAGAAGGAAUCGAUCAUGCUACAGAGGCAGCUAGAGGAGAAGCUAGAGGAAAUGUGUGUUCAGCUGGAGGACAACACUGUUUCAAUGAAAGCCCAGGAUGCGCUUAUUCAGAAUCUGACCUCAGAACUGAAUGCCAAAGAAAAGGAGAUAGACAACAAGAAGGAGAAUGAGCAAAAGCUUCUCAGUAAGGUGUCUCAACUUCAGCGCAAGCUUUAUUUUGAAAAGGAAAGAAACCUUUCACAACAAAAAGUGGAGAAAAACAAAGAGGCAGAGCUUCUUGGCAAGUUGUCUGAGCUUGAACAAAGACUUGUGAUGUAUACAACAAGAGAACAAGAGCUCCUUGAUAAACUGAGUCAGUCCGAACAGGAACUGGAGAGCACGAGAAGUGAAUCAGAGAUGUUGCAAAAGGAGAAGAAACAAGUCCAAGGAAACUGUGAGUGUCUGUCCUCUAUGGUUGAUCAACAGCAAACGAGGCUUGUGGAACAAGAUAUGGAACUUGACCAGCUCCGAGAAAACUUGGAGAAAACUAAGGAUGCGCUAAAAAAUACAGAUGAACAAUUGUCAAAACAGCUGAAGUCUGUCGAGAGGGACCUUCAGGGACAGUUCCAAAAGCUCUCUGAAGAUUGGGACCAACUUAAUGGGGUUGUACAAAACCUACAGAGUGCUCUAAGCCAGGAGCAAGGCAUGGUUGCUCAGCUCCAAGCCCAACUAAACUUGGAACAAGAGGAAAAGAGCUGUUUGGUACAGGAGAAAUCUGGUUAUAGCCAUCUCUCGGAACAACUCUCAGCUCAGAUCAUGGAGAUGGAGGCCGAGUCAAAUAAGCUCACAGAAAAUCUUGAGGCAUUAAAACUAAAGCUACAAAACCGGGACGAUCAGGUAGAAGAACUCAGGACUCAGCUUGACGCUAAAGCCAAAGAGAUGGACUUGCUCUGGAAUGAAGUGCAUCAGAAGCUGGAUAUCACUCAAAAUGUUAAUCAUCACUCUAAUGAGGUACAACUUUUAACAAGCCUGUUGGAAGACAAAGACAAGGAGCUGUCUUCCUUCAGACAAGAGUUGGACAACAGCACCAACCAGCUACAGCAGUCACUAAUAGACUCUCAGGCAGAAGCUCAGCACAUGAAGGAGGUGUUUGAUGAGGAAAAGGACCGGAUGACGCAGCAGUUACUGGAAAUGGAGAAGCUGGUCAUUGAUCUGGAAACGGUGAUGGAUCCAGCCAGUCCACACAGGGCCAAACUGGAUGAGGUUAGUUCUGAAAACGGCGCACUUAAAGAGCGCUUGGCUGUUUUGCAUCAGGAUGUUGUCAGACUUGAGGAGGAUGUUAGCAAAAAGAGAAAAAAACUUGAGGAGAAGGAGAAAGAAAAUAUGAAGCUCAAAGAAGAGGAGGAAAGGUUACACAAUGAGAACGCCAAGUGUCGAAAGGAAGUGUUAGACCUGAGUGAGAGAAACCUGCAGCUUAGUGAUGAGAAUGCAGAGUUAAAUUCUCGUCUCCAGUCUGAUCAAGGAACAGUGCAGAUGUUGACUGAAAAGCAUGCUCAGGAGUGUCGAGAACAGGAAGAGAUGGCUGUCUCGAUUAAACAGCUGCGGGAGAAAUCUAGUUUGCUGGUUAAAGAGAAACUGUGUCUGCAAACCACCCAGCAGGAGGAAAAGAACAUCUUGGAAAAAGAGUUAAAGGAAGCCAAAAACAAGCUCCAGCGUUUCACAGAAGUUGAGUCUGCCCUGACCAGCCUAACUCUAAAAAACCAGUCACUUCAGCAGGAAAAGGAGGGCUUGUUAAAGGAAGCAGAGGAAAGAAACCAGAAGAUUGAAAAGCUGCAGGAAUGUAUCAAAAGUCUUGAAACCCAGACGAUACAGCUUCACUCCCAGAUUUUUUCCAUUUGCAAGGAAAAGGAUGCUCAUAUAGAAGUGAUUUCUACAAAUCACACACUGCUCAAAGAAUCUCAGGACAAGGUUGUGGAACUUGAAUCCAGGAUGCGUGAGCUUGGCAAAGAGAAAGAGCAGCUGCAGUAUGUUCACCAGGUACAAGAGGAAGCAGCAGCAAGUGUGUUCCAGGAACAGCUAAAGAGUGCACAAGUACAGAACCAAGAGGUUCUUGAGAAGGUAAAAGGUUUUGAGUCAAAGCUGCAAACUCAGGAGUUGGAACUGCAAAGGUUAAAGCAUGAAAACAUCACUUUGAAGAAACAACAUGAUGUACUGGAGGCUGCAAAACAUGAGGCAGAACAACAGGUUUUAAGGGCAAACAUGGCUUUGUCACUGAGCCGAGCCCAGCAUGUUCGUGAGGUGCAGCAGCUAAAAGAUCAGGUUGGCACUGAUACCCAGAAGCAGCUGGCUCACUUACACACUCAGCUGGCUGAGCAGCAGAAAAAGAUUCAGCAGCAGGAGGAGCAGCUUCGCUUUGAGGUCCAACAAUCAAGAACUCAGCUAAAACUUCAGCAGGAGCAGUAUGAGAAAAUGAUAGAAAGCACACAGGAGCAAAUGGACGAGGUGAAAUCCAAGUUUAAAAUGGCACAUCUGAUGCUGCAGGAAAAGGUCAAUCAGUUAAAGGAGCAAUUAUUAAAGAAUGCAAAGUCUGAUCUGCUGCUGAAGGACCUCUACGUGGAGAACUCUCAGCUCAUGAAGGCUCUGCAGAUCACAGAGCAGAGGCAGAAAAGUGCAGAGAAGAAGUCAUUUUUUCUGGAGGAGAAGGUUACCGCUCUCAACAAACUCUUGUGUAAAAUCGCACCGGUCUCACUUUCUGCUUAGUCGGUCACCCAAACACAACCUGUAAACUACCUACAGUGCGGUACAUGGAUACAAAUGUGUCGUUUCAAAUACAGGGGGGCACUGUCUAUAGCAAGACAAUGAAAAGCAUAAGUACACCAAAUUAGCCAUAACAUUAAA